AUGCGGCAAGACGGACGAAAGAACAACCAACUCCGCCCAAUGCGCGCGGUGCUUGGCGAGUUGGAUCGCGCUGACGGUUCGGGACGAUUCGAGUUCGGUCCCGCCGCCGCCGCCCUCGCAUCCUUCACCGGCCCGAUCGAGGUACGCAUUCGCGACGAGCGCAUCGAUGGAGCCACCCUCGAGGUCAUCCACCGCCCGCUCGACGGCAUUGGUGCCACCCCCUCCCGCGCACUCGAGGACGCCCUCCGCGCCUCCUUCACUCCUAUACUUGCACUGAACCGUUUCCCCCGCUCGCUGGUCCAGCUCGUCGUCCAGAGCCUCAUCCCAGCCACCACACAAACUUCGUCCCCUCCAUGGAUCGAAGAGAAAGUCACCUCCUGGCCUCCCACCACUUACCCUCCAUCAAAUGGAACGCCUCUCUCUCUUUCGGGAGGUAUGGUGUCACGCGCAGCGGUGUUCAACGCCGCCUCCCUCGCGGCCAUGCACGCUGGAAGCGUCGGCAUGCGCGCCGUUCCCCUCGCGGUUGGUGUUGCACUCGUCGAUGGCGAGUACGUUCUCGAUCCUAGUGCGGAGGAGGAGGCAGCUGCCGACGCACGAUUCGGCUUCGGGUGGGCUUUCGGCGCGGGCGUGUCCUCCGCCAAGGAUCGGAUGGACGAAGACGAGGAGGCCGAGAGCUUGUGGAUCGAGGCAGAGGGAACGUUUACCCGGCAGCAGUUCAAUGAGGCACGCGAGCUCGGACACCGUGGAGCUAGGGAGGUGUUUGCAUUCGUGCAGGGCGAGUUUGAGAGCUUCUUCGAGCGGCAAGUGUAG